AUGUUGACCGAAAUCGACAGCAUCGAAAUCCACUGCCUCGUCAAUGAUGAGCUGGACCCCAUCACGCCCAGCAUGAACCCGGCCGUCAAGGUGGCGAGCCAGUUCAUGGGAAUCCCGCUGUCGCCGCUGGCCCCCGGCACCCAGCGCGACGGCGCCACCAUGGAGAUGCGCAUGGAUAACAUCUGUUGUGCGGCGCACGGCAUCUCGCUUCUCCUGAUCGCGACCAAGGGGGACAAGAAGCAUGUGCUGCUCUUCGAUGCCGGCCCGGAAGGCGCCGUAUGGGAACGCAACUCGCGCCGGCUGCGGUCGCAGAUUGACCAGAUUGAACACAUUGUGCUGUCUCACUAUCACCGUGAUCACUCGGGAGGUCUGGUCCGCGCGAUUGAGAUGAUCCAGGAAAGCAAGGCCGGCCGUGGCCAGGUCGUGAUGGACGUGCAUCCCAACCGCCCGGAUUUCCGCGGUGUGCAGACACCGCAGGCGCCCCUGUCUCUCGAGGCAGAUCCCUCGUUCGACGAGCUGGCAGCCGCAGGGGCGCAGGUCUUCACGAGCGACCAAGCCCACGCCGUCCUGGAUGGGUUUUUCAUGGUCUCCGGCGAGGUCCCCCGCACCACCAGCUACGAAGACGGCAUCUACGGCGGUCUGCGCUAUGAUGCUGCCAAAGGCAAAUGGGAGGAGGAUACCUUGAUCAUGGAAGAGCGCUACGUCAUGUGUAAUCUGAAAGGGAAGGGAUUGCUGGUCUUCACCGGCUGUGGCCACGCAGGUGUCAUCAACACCUGCCGCGACGCUGUCGGCUUGGGCAACGGCGCGCCGCUGUAUGGUGUCGUGGGUGGGUAUCACCUGGCUGAUGGCAGUGACGAGAAGCUCGAGGCCACGCUCCAGGAUUUGAAGACCUUCGAUCCCAAGGUCAUGCUGGCGGGCCACUGCACCGGCUGGCGGUUCAAGUGCUUGAUCGCCCGGGACAUGCCCAAGUGCCUGGUUCCUUGCUUUUCGGGCAGUCGCUAUGUGUUAUAG